ACAAUAAAAAAAAAAUGUUUCCAAAAUGACCAACUUUUCUCUUUUGACAAAUACUAUCUACUAAAUCCCUCUCUCUUUCUCUUUCUCUUUCUCUUUCUUUCCCUGCCUUUCAACUCCCUUUAUCCCUUUCUAAUCUAAACCUUCUAUUUUUCCUCUUCUCAUUCAAAGGAAGAAAAAAAGGUUCCAAAAAAUUCUCCUUCUGGUCACCAAAAAGAGAGAAAGAAAAGGGAAAAAAAAAAUUUUUUUAGACCUAACAAUUCCAUAAACAUUACACCAAAUCUAAUUAAUUAGCUUCUUCUAAAUGGCAUCUUUUCAACAAGAAAGGAAUAGAGUUGAAGAAGAAGAAGAAGAAGUAGCAUCAUCAAAGUUAGUAUCAAAUUCAAAUCAAAGUUGUUCUUCUCCACCUUCAAAUAAUACUUCAUCAUCUUCAUCACCAUCUCAUGAAUUCUCCUUCACAAUCUCUCUCAACUCUCAUCACCAUCAUCAUCAUCAUCAUCAUCAUAGUUCCUUCACCAACACCAACAACAACAUAUUCAAUAGUACUAACAACAAUAACAACAAUAUUGAUUUAUCUCCUGCUGAUGAAAUCUUCUUCCAUGGUCACUUGCUCCCUCUUCAUCUCCUCUCACACCUUCCUCAAUCACCUCGUUCUUCAUCAAACUCCAUGGACAGUUUCACUCUCCCCAUAAGAGAGCUUCUAGAAGAUGAAAACGUUAACCCCAUCAAAGAAAAUGGCACCAGCAACAACAUCAUCUGCAACAACAACAACAAAGAAGAAGGUGGUGACAACAAGAAGAAUAGUAAAGGUAACAAGCUAUUCAAACCUUCUUUCUCUUUGUUUGGAUUGAAAAAAGGGCUAAAAGGGUCAUCAAAAGUUAGAGAAAAAGAGGAAAAGGAGAAUCACAAGAAGAAAAGAUUGAAUUUUGAUGUGAUCCAUGAUGCAAUGAAGAAGUACUUGAGAAUGGUUCAACAACCAUUAGUACUAUUUAGAAGGAGAAGUAAUAGUAUUAGUAGAGACAAGUAUAGGAUCAAUGGAAAGAGUUCUUAUUCUUAUUCUUCAGGGAAUGUUACACCAAAUAGUAACAAAGAUUUGUUCAGAGGUUAUUGGAAUCAAUACUCAGCACCAGCUUCAAUGAGAACAUCACCAACAAAUAGUGGCCUUCUUGUUCCAACACCAACAACUCUUCAUUCUUCUCAUGGUGCCAGAGAUAGCACCAUGGAAGAGUUACAAGCUGCAAUUCAAGCUGCAAUUGCUCAUUGUAAGAACUCAAUUGCAAAAGAAGAGAAGAAACUCAAAUGUUCAGAUAUUCGAUCUGGUCUGAUCUAGCCUGACCUGUUGGUACGAGUAAAAAUUUACGAAAAAAAAUAAAAUAAUUUUAAAUGAAAAUAUUUUUUCAUUCUCAAAGUUCAA